AUGGCGCGAUUAAAUGAGCCCGUCGCGGCACCCGACGGGAUGGAGAUCUUGCGCCGCAAGUUUCUCCGUCAGAACCGAGACAUCGCUAGAGUCAACUCAACACAAUCUUUACGUAUCCGCAGCUUGGAGAAUGAAUGCGCUCGCAUGCUCUCAGAAAACCUCGAACUGCGAGGCCAGAUAUUACGUCUUGAAACCGAGAUCCAGGAGAGUCGAGCACAGAGAAUCGCAGAUCAUGCAUUAGAAAUCAAGGAGAAGAUGGAGGCACAGCUCCUCGAAUGGGGCUCGAUGCUUGCAAGCCUUGGCCACGAACCACUACCUAGGAAUAGGUCGCCACGCGCAAAUAAAAGGCUCAGAAGGGAUCCAAGCUUGGGCCUCGCCGGAGCCGGUUCUCCCAGAUUCCGGAGGAGAAAUACCAGUGAAUUGGAGGCUGCCGCAUUGCAAGAGGGCCGAUUGCCCCCGCUUUGGGAAAACAGGCCUUGCCCCCGGGAAACUCUGAAUCGCGAUGAAAUCUUGGCUCUGUGCUCAGAAGCCGAGGAGACUGAGUCCCCUGAUCUUGGGCCUCCGCCCAUGUCCCGCUUUGUGGAUCCGGAGCCGGUGAAGAUUAGCUUGUCGACAACACAGACGCCGAUGAGUCCUGCCGCCGAGGAACCACGAUCGCCUCAUCCAUGUUCGGAACAGGCGCCUGAGCAUAUGGCUCUAGGAAGGGUGCCACAGGAAAUUGUACCGGGACACGUUGAAUCUACUGCCUCAAAAAGUCCAGCAAGGAACUUCGUCGAACUACCCGUCCCAGCCACUCAGAUUUCUAAUGUCACUCUGAAGCGGAAAUCGAGAGCAGACGAAGAUAAGGAGAAUGCUCCUACAGCGAAGCUAGGAGGGGACCCUGCCAAAUCCACCAAGCUACGAGAAAAGCUAGCAACUACCAAACCAUUCAAAGAUCCAUCUGCAGACAAAGGAGAUGGACACGAACAGAUCACGACCAGUGCUCCAGUUCUUGCGCCGAGAAAAGCUCUGGGAGCCAAGAGCACGAAUGAAGUUGUGAGCUCGCCAAAGAAGCCAGCGAAACGGCCGCUUCUGGACGAAAUUGCUCAGGAGAAGGCGAACGCCAAGGGGUCUGGCAAAGUAAGGGAGCCAUCCAAGCCAAAGAAGAAGGAAGGAGAUUCGAAGCCGGUUGAGAUAUCUGUUCCGCAGCCAGCACCAGCUCCUUGCAUGCCUGUCGACGUAGAACCCGACUUGAUGUCUUCUGAGCCAAUCUCAUCGGCAGUGACUUCACCAGAGCCCCAGUCGCUUCGUGACACGCCGCCGCCAGCUGAUAUCUCAUCUACGGGAGAGACGAGUCGAGUAGGCAGGAGGGCAAGGUCCAAUGUCAGCUAUGCAGAGCCAAACCUGAGAGACAAGAUGCGGCGGCCUACUAAGCAGCUCUUCGAUGCCGUAGCAGGGGAAGGCAAAGCCAUGCGACGAAGUAGUCAGUCGAGACAUAGCGAUAUGUUUCCCGCAAAGUCUGAUGAGAAACCGAGCGACUGUAAAUCCAAGGAUCUGGAGGGAUCCGAGAAGGAAGAGCACGUUGCAGCAAGCCCUCUUGUUCAAAAGGUUUCCCGAAAUAUGCCAACAGAAGAUCUGCAAACAACAGUCGUCACGGAACGGAAGAAGCGGGACUCUUCAGCCGCAGCCCAAGGAGCUGGUGCUGAUAGUUCUAAAACGGCGACACGGCCAAUGAACAAAAAGAUGGAGGAAAUAGCCGCAAGGGAAGCAGAGGUUGCCAAGAUGUUUGAUGGGCCUGAUGUCUAUGAGUUUACUAGCUCAUCUCCGAGCCGCCAUGGCUCAACCACGACUUCAGUCUCCGAAGAUGGGAAAAAGUCGGCUAGUUCUCGCAGCGGCAAGUCAAGACGGCUGAGUUCGAUGCUCAAUGAGGAUCUGGGUAACGAGUCCACUGCGACAACCCAAAAGCCUCGGGCUUCGAGAAAGCGAGCGUCGAUGAUGGUUCAGAAGACCGCUUCGAGCUUUGAUGCCGACACCUCGACUAGUGCUGAUGGAGAUAGUAGCUUCAGUAGCAACAGCUCGGGAGACACGGAAGUGACGGGAAGAGGGGUUUCGAUGAGGAGGCGGAGCAUGAUGUUAUGA